AAAUACGUGUGCAUUGCAUAUUCAGUCAUCAACGAAGAUACAGUUGUGUACAUGUUCAUUAUUCUACUGUGAAUUGCACUGCGUCCCGGAAUUAUGUUUCGCCCUCGACAUGGAGUGGAGAAAGGUAGCGCUUACAGUGUUGAUCGUGAGUUUAUGUUUCUUCGUAAUACCGAUUCGUGUACGGCGCGAUAGUCUUGAAGAAGACGUAAAACUUUUCAAGAAUUAUGUCACGCGCUACAAUAAAUCCUACAGAGAUGAUCCCACUGAAUACGAGACGAGAUUUGGUCGAUUUCAAAGAUCGUUGCAACACAUAGAAAAAAUGAAUGGUCUCCGUUCGUCGCAGGAAAGUGCUUAUUACGGGCUUACGGAGUUCUCUGAUAUGUCAGAGGACGAAUUUUUGGCGAAAGCUCUCUUACCUGAUCUCCCAGCAAGAGGGAGAAAACACGUAAAUUUACCUUAUCAUCGACGGCAUCAACACACAAAUCGCGCUAAAAGAUCAGCUAGUGUACCCUUGAGAUUCGAUUGGAGAGAUAAGGGAGUAGUAACUCCGGUACGAAGUCAAGGAUCUUGCGGUGCCUGUUGGGCUUUCAGUACCGUUGAAGUUGCUGAAUCAAUGUUUGCCAUAAAAAAUGGUACUUUACAUCCGUUAAGCGUGCAAGAAAUGAUCGAUUGCGCAAAAAACAGUAAUUUCGGUUGUGAUGGAGGAGACAUAUGCAGCUUACUCUCGUGGUUGUUAGCGACGAAAGUUCAAAUAUUUCAAGAAUCUACUUACCCACUCGUGGGAAAGACGGGUACGUGUAAGUUGGGGAAAACGACGGACAAAACGUCUGGUGUAAGAAUAAAAGAUUUCACGUGCGACAGUUUCGUAGACGCAGAGGAUGAACUGCUGAUAGCACUGGCUACUCACGGGCCGGUAGCAGCGGCGGUGAAUGCUUUAUCCUGGCAAAAUUAUUUAGGCGGGAUAAUACAGUACCAUUGCGAUGGGUCCUUCGACAGUUUGAAUCAUGCUGUACAAAUAGUAGGGUACGACAAGUCGGCUGCCAUACCUCAUUACAUCGUGAAAAAUUCAUGGGGUUCGAACUUCGGUGACAAAGGCUACAUGUACAUAGGAAUCGGGAGUAAUUUAUGCGGUAUAGCGAAUCAAGUUUCGUCGUUGGACACUCUUUAGACUUAAUUAACUCGAGUACAGAUGUUCAAAUAAAAUAUUCACGAUCUAUAAGAAAUGUGCUGGAAUACUUUGAGAAACGACAAUAAUUUUAAUAACAACAACAUUAGUUAAACUGUA